UUCAGAAUCAUACAGCAUUCUUAGGGAAAAAGAGCAAAUAUAGACGCUAUACACAAGAGAGUCUUCAACUAGCAUCGAUAGUGUACGGUAAUAAAUAAAAGAAUUUCCGUUAGAGCUGCAAGCCAACUUUACGGAAUCCCAAGAGUUACCCUAUUUUCGAGGGAGGACGCCGGGCCUAAACGCUGUGCUGACCACGGCAGAGGAAGACAAAAUUGUAAGGUUGAUCCAGAAGAUGGCACAAAUCGGGUACGGUCGAACACGAAGAGAGCUGAAGUUCACCGUCAAAGAAAUCAUCAAUGCAGAUAGACGCGAGACUCUUCAUGAAACAUCAUCCGGAACUCUCUAUGCGAGUCCCAGAGGCCGUAGGACGUGAGAGGGCAUGCGUCAAGAAAGUGAAGAUUGGGGUUCGAUUCAAUUACGAUUCUUUGGACGGUGCCCCUAAGCAUUGCUGCUUUGCCAAAACAAAAUCUGGCUGGGUUGCUUCAGAAGUAUUUUUCGAAAACCUUUCAAAUCAUUUUCUACCGUUUGUUAGAUCAUUAGAGGUGAAAUUCCCUAUAGUGUUGUUCGUAAACAGGCAUACGUAACAUAUUAGCUUACAAAGUGUCGAAAAUGACAUCAUCUUGUAUUGUUUCUCCUUCACACUCCAGCCACUUGAUGCAGCCUCUGGAUGUCGCCAUUGACAAGUCAAUUAAAGCAGCUUGUUACCACGCUGUCCGCGAAUAUAUGAUAAAAACCCCGGUGAAGUUGUUAGCAAGAGGAAUUUUUCCCGUGUAUUAUGUAGCAAAUGGGAGUCAACUACCAUACCAUCACAUGCAGUUUCUGGGUUUCGCAAAUCUGGACUAGUCCCGUUCAAUCCCAAUGCAGUAGACAUGGACACGCUUGCCACUAGUGAAGUGUAUCCAAAGAUCAUUACUGACGAAUCAACAAUUAGCAAUCCUCCUUCUGCAGCCCAGGACAAAUUUGAGGCAUCAACACUUUCCGCAGCCACAGUCACGUUGAAUACAUUUGAAGCAGCUUUGGGAAAGGAAACCGUCGGUACUUUUCAGCGCAGAGUAUCCGAGGGAUACGAUAUACCCGAAAUACAUACAUGGAAAAAAACACCAGGUGUCUGUCUUUCUUGGUAAUACUCCAGAGGCGUGUGUCAAUCCAGGUGAAACAAAGAAACAACAACCUAAACCUAAACCAACUGCUCCAUUCAAAAGCAUAAAAUACCUCGGUGGGCCUUCUACAUCGAGUUACUAUGUCUUCCGUCUUGAAAGAACAUUUGAAAUUCCCACAGAGGCCUGUAAAAGCAGUUAAGAAGAAAGACCGCCUACCAAACGUUAUAUCAGGGAAUGCUUUCCUUGGGAUUAUGCGAGAGAGGCUACAAAAACUGGAGGAGAAAGAAAAGGCUAAAAAACUACGAAAACAAAAUCGGGCAAAGACACAAUCUUAACCAUAAUAAUUUGAAUAAUCAUACAGUACUUAUAAAACAGGGUUUUUAUACAAAAUAUUAAAUUGGCUAUAGAUUUGAUCUAGAAUUCUACACGUUAUAAACAUUAAUAUGAUAAAUUUAUGCACAGGCUAAUGAACAAAAACAUGGCCAAUUGAAAAAUGGGGUGUUUCUUGUUUUUUGGUUUUUUUUUUUUUGAAAGUUUUGGGAAUAUUCUUGAUUUUUUGGAUGGCAAGUUUGUCUUUAAAUAUUGAGAUAUUUAUUAACUGUAUGGAUAUCGUUACUUGA